CAAGGAGGUAUCUCUCUCUCUCUCUCUCUCUCUCACGAAGUUUUCAUAUUUGCAGUAGGCUUGGCUAUAUGGCCAAUCUGUUUCAAUUUGAUGUGAUGACACACCGAAGCUACGUUCAUGUAGGCCUAACGGCAUAUAAAUAAAUUCCACUUUUUCAGAUCAUAAAAGUUACAUGCCUAUGAAAACGCUUUACAGUUGUCCAAUAUGAUCAAUCUUUCAAUUGUUUUUAUGUGACGCGCUGAAGCUACAUGCAUUGUCUUGCUCCGUUUAAAAUGUUUCUGCGUAAUUGUCAGCUGUGUGAUAAAAUCCGUUCAUAUUGCACUUUUUAUGGCUUCAAUUUGUGUUUUAUGUGACACACCGAUGCUGGUUUCAUGCAGUUUUGCGCAAGUUUAAAAUGUUUAGCCAACAAAUUGUCAGCUAUGAUGAAGUUCAACUUUUCAUGUCAUGAAAUUACAAUGUUUAUGAUAAGACUGGCUACGCCACUGCUUAUGACUGUGUUUGGUAGGCCUGCUGUUCUCUACCCCGCUCUUUUCUGCCCUCUAUUGGAUAACCCGGUCUGCCUGCAUAGAGAAGCGCACUUUGACGAGACAGGUCAUGACAUUUGAAACAGCGGCGCUCCAAAUGUAAGAGAAUAACCUCUGAUAGACCGUUACUUCAGCGCAAGCACAAAACAGGCUACUUUAUGGGUUAAGUAGCAUAUCAACUGGUAGGCCUAUUUACGCUAGAAAGUUUCGCCACUGCCCAAACUACCACACCAACUACCAACUUAUGUCUUGACCAGACGCCAGAUGGCAUCAUGACAUGCAAUUGAUAAGGGAACUGAAAGUGUCCCCCUCCCUUAAUAGAGUUGCUCUUCGCCAGGUUCUAAUUCUGACCGAAAGAGGAAUAGGAACGCGUCGCAAUGGAUAAAUUCAAGGUUGUGAUGAACUUGCUCCAAAAACGUCAAACGACCAUUGGAUUCGGUGCGAUUCCGUUACUGACGGCGGGUGCGGAGCAUGCUUUUUCAAAUUUUGCCUUCAGGUGUCCAUGUAGUGAGUGGAACUUUCUAUAUGGGACGGUGUCUCUUCUUGUGCCGGCCACGGCUUUGCUUAUACUUGGCUACAUGUUAAGCAACAAAACGUGGAAGCUUUUCACAGGUUUGUGUCUGAAGAAGUCUAAACUUUUUCGUUUCAAAUAUUUGUGCGGCUGUUUAACUGUUUUUACUCAGAUCACAAUGACCGCUAUGGUGGCGCCUGUCUCCUGGAUCGCAAUAGCGCUUCUUAACGGCGUUUAUUUUGAAUGUAUAGUGACGGGCACUAAUAUCACUCAAUUGAAGAGCUUUCUGUGCAGUGACAAAUCAGAGAGUUGCAAGACAGAGCUCUAUAGAUUGCCGUGUAAGACAUCGAUCCCGUCGGCGGACAGAGAAGCUGUCCUUACAACCAUACGCGCACAGUCUCAGAUCCUAGGCUGGUUGGUGAUAGCCUCCAUCAUGCUCUUCUCCCUGCUGUUCACCUGUAUGGCCAGGUGCAACUCUCCAGUGAGCUACCUGCAGCUCAAGUUCUGGAAGACCUACUCUCAGAAGGAGAACAACUUCUUUGACAAGUAUGCCACGGAACACGCCGAGAAGCUUGCCGAGAGGAACAUCAAGAGUUUCUUUGAACUGAGCACGCCGGCACCUCAGCCAACUCCUCCAAAGAUUGCCUGGGAAAAGGUCUCCAGCUUCUACAAGUUCAGGACCAUGGAUAAGUAUUACAGCACCGUGCAUAAGUACGUGGAGACAUGCAGGAACCCUGAGAACCCCAUGAGAGUCCUGUCAACAAAAUCAGGUGAGGGGGAUCUUGUCAACCCAGCGGCCCUGGCAUUUCUGGACGAGGGCAUGAUGCUGUGAGAGAGUCAGAUCCUACAUAUGGUUGACAAUGUUUUCCUCAAGUGCACUCUAUUUCAAAGUGAUUUUUUUAAAGAAUGUUAGUACAUUUUUGAAGACUUUUAGAAGGAUUUAAAGAUUUUUUUAUUUAUUUGAUACAUGAUAAUUCAAGUUUUGUGUGCUUUAACCCAUUUACUCCUAAAAUGCCUGCUAAAAACGCCUAUAGAAUCCUAUGGCAUUCUAGACUAAAUAACCUUAUUUCCUGAGUGUUUUCUGAAAACAUACUAAAAAUUGUCAACGUCUACCAAAAUGUAAUAUCUAAGCCUCUGUAGCACCUAGAAACAUGAAAUAAAAAGCAUGCUGCGCCACGCAGCAUCCAGCUGGAGGGUCAAUGUUGCUACGCGAGCAUC